AUGUCUGCGGGUCCCCCACACUCACCGCAGGGAGACACUCACAAUCUGCUGGAGCUCCGCGGGGGGGAGGCUCCACUCUCACCCCCAGCACCCCUCACCCUGAGCGGGGAGAGGAGCCGGCUGUGGCAGGGGGUGCAGCUGUGGUUGAUGCUGGUUAUCUCUGGUUGGUUCUGGUUGGUGCUGGUUAGCUCUGGUUGGCCCUGGUUGGUGCUGGGGUCAGGGGCUGUCAGGGAGUGUCUGUCCCGUGUGUGA